AUGGCAAAAACGGAAACAAUAGAGGCAGUUCAUUGUCUUCUUACAGAUAUAGUGGAAUCUGAUGUACCCUUUGGAGGAAAAACUAUUAUUUUUGGCGGUGAUUUUCGCCAAACCCUGCCUGUUAUUGAACAGCUAGGCGAGUCAGAUUCGAUCAAAUCGAUUGUUCUAUAUUCAUAUUUAUGGUCUCAUAUGCGUAAGCAGCGACUGGCAACAAAUGCGAGAGCUGCCUUAGAUCCUGCAUUGUCAGCUUUUUUUAUUAGAGUUGGAGAAGAUGUUGAACCUGUUGAUGAACAUGGUCAGAUGUCCCUUCCACCUCAUAUGGUUAUUUCUUAUCAUAACAAAGAAGAGUCGCUUGACAGGUUAUUUGGGAUUGUCUUUCCUGAUUUAAAUCUGUACUCUUGUAAUCCUUAUCGAAUAAUAAAUAGAUGUGUACUUUGUCCAAAAAAUAGUUCAGUGGAUGAAAUUAAUAGGAUGAUGAUUGCAAAAUUUCCAGAAAAUCUUCACAGAUAUAGAAGUUGUGAUAGAACUGUUGAUAAGAGAAAUCUGACAGAUUAUGAGGACUUUCUAAAUUCUUUUAACCAAAGAAUGGUACAUGUUAUUCCAGUUAGAGACGUCCUACCAGGCUCUGAAGGCAGAACCUGCAAAGUCACCGUUCAAGAAAAACAACAGAUAACUGGAUCAGCAAUGCCGCCAAUGAAAAAAUGA